AUGAUCGGAGUUGGGGCUGUCCGCAAGGAUUCCAAGACGAUGAUCCUCACCGGAAUAGCCGGUUUGGUGUCCGGAGCUUGUAGCAUGGCCAUCGGAGAAUUUGUGUCCGUGUACUCACAAUAUGACAUAGAAGUGGCACAAUUCAAGAGAGAGAACAUGACUAAAAUUGCUGAAAAAAAUGAUGUGGAUGAGGCCAAGAAAGAGAAAUUGCCAGACCCUUUUCAAGCAGCCGCAGCGUCAGCUUUUGCUUUCAUGGUAGGGGCAAUAGUGCCUUUGCUGUCAGCAGCUUUCAUAGGUGACUACCACGUAAGGUUAGGGGUGGUGGUGGCUGCCGUGAGUAUUGCACUUUUAGGGUUUGGUGGAGUUGGGGCUUUCUUAGGGAGGGCACCUCUUGUGAGAUCUUCCUUGAGGGUGUUAAUUGGAGGGUGGUUGGCUAUGGGAAUAUCUUUUGGUCUUACAAAAGCUAUUGGUUCCACUGGACUUUAA